GCACUGCGUUGUGUUGUAGUCCUUGUUCGUGAAACAAAAGGAAAAUACCCUUCCGCUCCUCGAACAAACGGAAGAUCAAUUUGUUUAUUUCCCACACCGACACAGAGUCGUAACUAACUGGCACCCACCAGCUACCACUUUUCUUUAUUCAUCCCUGCUUCAUAUUUCUUGAAAAACAAAAUUUGCGCUGCUCUUAAAAAUCGUUUCGCAAGGUGUUGUUUCUAUUUCUAUUUCACCACAUUUCGAUUUCCCCCCCCCCCCACGUGGUGUUGUAGUUGUUUUGCCUGACGUAGUUCUUGCCCUUGACGUAUACAAAUUCAACUUGUGAACAAAAAUCUUGAACUGCAAAAACCCUCCUGGCGGGUAACAAAAACGAAAACGAGGAGACAGUACGCAGCAAGGACGAGGAAAUUAUAAAACUGCAACUAGAACUACGCCAACGCCGGGAGCGGUUUGACAGUCAGCAGCACACGAUACAACUAGAGGCUUGUCGUCGGCAGAAGUAGAGCUGGAGCUGCUGCGAAGGAACAACGAAGGGAACAUCUUCCAAGCGACGCUUCAUCCAGCUUCUGGCAAAGAGCAAUUAACCGACAAAGAACAACAAUCAACUGACACCUAGACGGCACUAUCACUAUCAACUGCAAAAGUGUCUGGGUCUGGAAGAUUGCCAGGUUUGUCAUGCAUAUUUUGCAUGACGAUGACCCAUGACGCCAGUAGUGCAUGACUUUUUAGCAUCACAGAUUUUACUUGGAAGGCUUCCUGAUGCCUAUUCUGCAUGACAAAUCAUGCCGUCUCCGCGUAGCACAGUCUGAGCUCCUCUUGCUGGAGGUCAUGCAAUGCGGAUGUUUUUAGAAUCCAAAAACAGCAUGACAAGUUUGGAUCCUACUUCCAGACGACCCAGGAGACAUAUUUGCAAUGCAUAAUCACGAACGGCAAGCAAAAUGUCGUGGGCUCGUCGUCCAGAACCAGACCACGGUCGUGCACACUAUGACAGUGCACAAGUCCCCCUCCACCUCAUUUGUGUUGCAUGAACGGCAAUACAAGCAACAGCAAGAAUGCCGGUUUUGCAUGACAAAUUUACACUGGAGUGUAGUGCUAUUCGGGCUUCCGGAAUUUGUCAUGCAAACAGUGCCACAAGGCAGCGACUGGAUUUGGGAUUUUGCAUGACAAAUGAGGGGGACGAGGGGAGUUGUGCACUGUCAUACACACUGGCAAGGGGCCAGAAAGCUUGCAGCAAUCACGGUAUAACUUGCUCUCGUCCGGCAUAAGAUGUUACAAAUGCGCGGCUUCAUGCUGUGAUAGUCACAGCACCACAAAACUUCACGCCGCAAUCGUAAUUUCAUCUCGGCCGUUUUUGUACAUCACCGACUAGCGACACAGAUGAACAACAGGAGGAGGGAAAAGAAAAAAAGUAAAAAGAGCUUGUUCGUACAUCCUAGCGUACAGAUCUGUAGUGGCGUCAACUACAAGACUCAUUUCCUCCAACAACAUUCAACUACCAGGCCCGCCAUCUAGCGGUGCUGCAACUCGGCCAAGUGUUUGUUCUACACAAUCAACACGACGCGCCGCAUCAUUUCUGUGCCGUCACGAGGACGACCACUUCUGGUGCGGCUUUGGCGGCUGAGGACAAAAAUGACGCGGUAGAGGACAACGACGGGGUUACGUCUAUGGGGUUCUCAAACGUUUACAUUCUCAACUGUUACGUGAAUUUAUCAUGCAAAACACCAUCUUCAUCCUUACGACCAAGCUGCUCCGCAUUACAAAUUUUCGAAGGGCUAAACCGCGCCUAAAUCUGUGCGGAAUUUGUAAUGCGAAAGAUGCGGCACUCCCCCUUUCACUUUUCCCAUUCUUGCAUCACAAGUUGAUGUAACAAUUGAGAGUGUUGUAACAGUUGAGAACGCCAUAGCGUCCACCUCGACCACAAGCUUCCUGGAAGGGCAAGAAGCGGGAAAAAAAGCAGCCGUCAUCAUGGACGACAACGCUGACGACGAUAUCCUUGGUAUUGAAAACGUCCCCACUUCCCCAUAGUCAAGAUGGACGCCUUGUUGAUGUUGCUCGACAAAUCCGCAAGGUUUAUAUACAUAGGUGUCGCCCAUGACAAAUUUGUCGUGCAGCAGCACCCGCCGGCCCAAGAAUCGUGGUUUGCGCACCGGCCGCACCAGAGAGCCGCUCGAAUCAGUAUCUGAAUCCAAGCAUGACAAACCCGACAGAAUGUGAUGAGAAAUAUAGUGCCUCUCAAAGUCUUCAAGCUCAAUAUGGAGAUUCGCAUGAGAAGUAAGUACCGUCCUGAGCAUGCAAAAUUUGCAUGGCAAAUCUUUGGUGGGGAAGUUUUUGCACAUGACAGACGACGAAGUGGAUUUCUCGUCCGACGAUCACGACGCGGAUAUGCUCUUGCAAAAGACUGAUCAUACCAUCACCCGCAAUUACUUGAGGGGGUCAUGCAGGAUCGUAGUCGUACUAGAUGUAGUUGUAGAUGAAAUUAUCGCUUCUAUCGAAAUAAAAGACUUCAUGUAUGUAUGUCUUUCGCAUGACAAAGUGAAAACUGUAGAGUUCCUAAACUGAUGGUGAUGGUAAUCAUGAGGUUUACCUAAGGAUAGCGGAGGUGGCUGCCUUCGUCUAUUACAGUAAAAAGGGCCUCCCACCCCAAGGUUGCAAAAAGUUGUGAUGCGAGGUUUUCAAAUGAAAACUUUUUGUCAUGCAUGAAAGGAGUAUGAAACUUUCUGAUGCAGAUUCUAGUCGUGGUUCGCAUCGCUUACAUGACAAGCACCGCUCUUGCUGGGAUCUUUUGCAAUACAAAUUUUUGCUAUUCACGAUCGGAGAUCUGUGAUGCUGAUACAUGCAAGAGGCCGAGUGUUUGAUUUGGAAAGGUUUGCAAUACAAAUACUUUCAAGUUCGGGGAUGGGGGCAUUUUUCAUUGUAAUAUCGUCGCGUGGCACUUUCGGAGUGGAGGGGGCGUAUGAGACUGCACAAUUCCCCCUCUCCCUCAUUUGAAGGGCAUGGGCUGCAACACAAACACCGGAUGGUGAUGAAAUGUGACUCCCGCAUUACAAAUUGAAAUCCCCCACAUACGGAGUGCAAUGCUUCUGGUUUUUGAGAUUCGAAGAUCUGUCAUGCGGAGAGAGCCGGAACGACGAAGACAUUAAUUGGGUAUUUUGCAUCACAAAUGACGACAAGGGGGAGGAAUUUUGCACUCUCAUAAAGGGGCACGAAUCAAAUUCAUCAGCCCGGUCGUGCAGGAAAUCUUGGCGGGAGUGCGAAGAAGCAUCUGCAGGGCAAGAAGAAGAAGCAGGAGAAAAUCGACGUUCUUUUAUCCUGUGUGAAAACGACGACGACAUCCCCAAAUCUUCUUCGUCACUUGUCAUGCGAAAUACCAAAUCCGAAUCCUGUGCAAGCCUUCUGGCACAAGAUCAUUGUGCAUGGCAAUUUUCAACUCUGA